CAAUAUUUAUAAAUGGAAAAAAAAAAUCUUAUGCCCAUCAUCAUAUAUCCAUUUUGCCUUUGACUGUGAAAACAUAAAAUAUCCAUGGCGGGUGAACUAGUCAUCACCAUAGCCGAAUCAAACUAGAACCACCUCUUUCUUCUUCCUCUCUCAAAUCUUCUUCGUUUUCUCUUCAAUUUCGAUUCUGGGGUUUUCAAUUUCAACAACCAUGCCUCCAACAUCAACUAUUCCAAUUCCACGACCUGAAUUCCACACCUUAUUCUUCAAUGGGUCUCCAAUCCCUCACAAAUUCCCCAGAAUCGCAGCUUCAUGGACCAUGACAUUGGAUUCCAAAUUUUCCCAAACGAUGAACAGUAACAGUAUGAAGAAGAUGAAGAAGAAGGAAGAACUCCCAGUGCAGCAGCUUUCAACGCCACCAGUUUCAAAGGUGGAGACCUUGAGCUCAGACAAUCUCCAAUUUGACCGGUUGCAGCCAUCGGAUCAUGAAUUGGUUCGAGAAAAUAGGUUUGAGUUUGGCCAAUUUGUUGCUAGAGAAGCUGUGCUUGAUGAAGAAUAUUGGACAGCAGCAUGGUUAAGGGCAGAAAGUCACUGGGAGAAUAGAACAUAUGACAGAUAUAUUGAUAACUACAAAAGGAAAUUCGCUGACCAGGAAUUUAAUGCAGUAAAAAGGAGGUGCAAGGUGCAAACUGGGGAUAACUGCAUGUGCAUUAUCACGGUAAAGAAGGAGCAGAAGAAUUUAAAGCACUCAGUUAUAAAAAGUGUUGUCGGAACCCUUGAUUUGAAUUUCCGAUAUCUACUGCAAGGGGAGACUUUUCCUGGGGAACGAGUAAAGGCUCCUAUUUUUUGCACCAUUAACAGAACAGCACCAAACAAAUAUGGUUAUAUUGCAAACUUGUGUGUUGCCAAAUCAGCUCGCAGACAUGGUAUUGCAAGCAACAUGAUGUAUUUUGCUGUUGAAACAGCAAAGUCUAAUGGUAUAUGUGCAUGUGGACAGAAAUAAUAGGCCUGCACAAUUAUUGUACCAAAAGCUGGGCUUUGAGGUAAUUUAGCUGUUAGUUCAUCUGUAUUUCUCAUUUUCAAUCAUGCUUAACUCUGGCAGCUUCCUUAUCUUUCUCAGAUGGUUGAAACGGCAAACUCCCGAUUAUUACUGGAGGAUACAUACUUGCUGCGUUUACAGACGUAAUACGAAAGAUUAAUUCUUCAUUUGUUCUUCAAUUGGAUAGCUUCUGAACAGUUGGCAAAUAUCAAAAAUUCACCAGCUCCUAUAAUCAUCAGAGUUAUAACCUAUAUUUGUUUGUGUAAAUGCACGUAUGUAUCUAUCUUUUUUGUCCAAAGGUGUAAUUAGUUUCCUUGUUUACUCUGCUUUCCUUCUCAAAGUGCUUUCUUUUUUUAAGCAUUUGUUUAGGUGUCUUGUAUUCUUCCCCAAUUGAAAUUGGGGGGAAAACACUAUAAUGUAUUGGAUUUCGAUUUUGAUUUUGAAGGAUGGAUGAAACUGAACAAGGAUAUCUAUCAUUUAUAAUGCAGUGAUGUCUUAUUGUGGCUAA